UUAAUAAAUUGACUGAUUGUCGAAUCAGAGUAGGUAAAUGUUGUUUUCAUACUACCUGCAACAAAUAGCUAUAAAAAUUUUCAUUUCACCACGUCACAUUCGUGAUACUUGCACUGGGGGCGCCGUCACUACUUGGAAUCUAUUUGGGCCAUCGUUGUUCCGGGAUCAGCUGUCAUACAUUUGACGUGUAUAGAACACAAACAAGACUGUUUUUAGGGUUGAUAUGCUGGUAAGAACAUGAACGGAACGUUUUACGAGCAGCUGGGGAGUGUGGCUGGGGUGUUCGAACAGUGGGGCACAUGUGAGCGGACCGUAGUGGCCUGCGCUCUCGCUCGCCGGGUACCCUGGCCUGGGCUGCGGCUCGUGCAAAGGACGGUGGAAGCAGCUUUGCAGAAUCACGUGGAAGACGAGCGUCUCGAACGAGAUGCUAAUGAUGAAACACUCCUGGCCACAUUGUUGGCGGCCAGAAUCAGUGACGAUGAAGAAGAAGAUGGUGAAAGACUGCGCAAGCUCUUGGCCUUGCUGCCUCUGCUAAAGACAGACAACGAGCGAGCCAAGAAUGUAUAUGUGGGUGCAGCUCCAGCUCUAGUGCAGAGAUGUGUGGAUGCACCGAGACGCACUAUAGCUCCAGAUUUAUGUCGACAACUUCUGUCAUAUCUUCUUGUACAUCCUGCAUUGUCUCUUCACGAUCAGAGGACCUUGACACAAUGGCUACGCUAUCUAGAAAACCACAUCUUGGGCAACAGAAACUCAGAGUCUGUUUGGCAACAACGCAUAGACCAUUGUCUCCUCCCGGAGACUAACAUUUGGAAUACCAAUAGCACCUUUAGACGCACCAUUGGGAAGAAUGUAGAAUUUAGAGGAAUACUAGACACGGUCGAUCCCCCGUCCUAUACAGAUUUGUUGCAGGAAUCAUUCUCAAAGAACGGCAGAGACGUGGACAUCAGUAUAGAGGGAGACAUCUUCGAUCCGGUGAUCGUUCAGCCCAAAUCGCAGAGGUCCAAUAGCUUAACCCCACCGUCGACCAACUUUUUACAGAUGUCGUCCUCGGCCGAGAAUCUGAGCGAUGAACCGUUUCAGAAACCUCGAAGUUUCUCGUUAUCCAGCGAACACAGCUUAGGCCACUUGAGGCCGAUCGGCGUCACGUACGGGACCACCGGCAGCGAGACCAGACUGGACGAUCUGAGGUCCAACAAUUACACCGAGCACCCCGGGAUGUCCACGGUGGCUCAGUGGUUGAAGAGUCUGCGUCUGCACAAGUACGUGUGGCUCUUCACCAACAUUACGUACGAGCAGAUGAUGGCCAUGGACGAGAAGCAUUUAGAGAAAUUGGGCGUGACGAAAGGCGCUCGGCACAAGAUCCUGCUGUCCAUAAAGAAGCUGAACGAGCGGUCGGCCAUCCUGGAGAGCGUGCAGAGCGAACUGAGGUCGGGGGCCGGGCCGGGGCCUCUGCUGCGGGCCCUGGACAAGCUCCGAGGGGUGAUGCUGUCCCCCAUGCCGCCGGCGUCCGACCUGCCCGCGGCCGUGGUGGCCGCGCUGGACGUGGCGUCCGAGUGUCUGACCGGGGGCGGAGGGGCCGAGGGCGAGGACCUCGCGGACCCCAUGUCCCUGCACUGCUGGCUCGUCGAGAAGGCCCUGCACCACGAGUCCUUCCUCGGCGGGAGUCUGCGAGAGGCCCUCCGACGCCUCCGCCACCGCCUGCCGCCGAGGCAGUUCUUCCAGCACGUGAGCGACAUGCCGGCGCAUCGAAGAAACAAGCCGAGAUGGCGCGCGGGGCCGGCCCCCCGAGGACGCCGCUGGACGCCCCCCACCCCCCGCGGCAAGUCCCACUCGUACCCGCCCUUCCCCCCGCACGCCCUGCCCCCCGCCGCCCUCCCUCAGCACGAAGACUACUCCAGCCUCGACGCCCUCUGCCUGCAGAUGACGGAGCAGGCCAUCGACUGAGAGACGCGUCUCCGAAUCUCGGCUCCGCGUUCCGGGCGAGAGCGGGACGAGCGUUCGACGAAGGUUCCGAGGAUUUCUUCGACAGACUCUUGUUCGUCGAGCGGCGAGAAUUUAAUGUGACAUAUAUUCGUACAUAUUUUUCGAAUCACGAAAUUAUUCAAUAGUAUAUUUCAGAAUAUAAUAACUCGAGUCGGACGUUUGAAACUCAUUUAUAGUCGAUUUUUGACUAUAUUUGCCGUUUGCAGGCUUACGUUUGGUACGUUUGUUACGUUUCGACGCGCGGAAGGUAUUCAAAUACUGGACGUUUUGGGAGAUUGACUUUGCGGGUCGCGCACGUCUCGUUCAAGAUUUGUUCAGACCGAGGGACGCGGAAAACGAAAAUAGACUAAUGUAAAAUCCCGCCCGGAGUAACAUAGUCACGGAUAGCUUUAAAAAUCAAUUGAAAGAGCGUCGUAAUAUAUUUGUAACGAAUUAGUCGAUAAGGAUAUGACAAUAUUUCUUUGAUAUUUUUGCACUUCGAUCACUUGCGUGAGCUAAGUUUUAUUUAUUCCUAGUUAAGGAGCGAAUCGGCCAUUUUUACUGUUUUACUGUUUUACGUGUACACCGAAUACACCGAAUACAUCGACACUCCGCCUUCGCCUCUCGCAACGGAGCGACGCUACAUCGAAAUUGAUGUUGUACGGGACGGUCGAAGAUUCGUAAUUGUAAAUAAAGUGUAAAGAUGUCGCAGUAAGUGUAUGAUAAGGGCUGUCCUGAAUUUGUUUGGUGCUAAUUUGCAUUGAUUUUUGGUUAGUCGAUAUAGAAUAGCUAGAACGGUAGACUUAGGUUCGGCCUAACGCGGCCCCCGCUCUUCUUUUUGUCCCCGGGGAUGGAUGGGUUUGUGAGAUUCACUCCGCAAAGCUGGUCCCGAAAAGUGCAUUCGUUUGGACCUUUCGGUUUUAACUCCGCUUUCGCCACUCUUUCGACGAUAUCCGUCGGAGAUCCCUUACGCAGCUGUCUUCAUUUCGAGAACUACUCCACUCCUGUAGAUUGCUUCUUACGAUCUCAGUUUCACCAUCUUCACUCCUCGGGAACGCCGACGAAGUAAGGGCGGGGGCAAAUUGUAAUUUUUAACGUGUCGUGUCUGUGAUGUUGUUAUUUUUUAGCUGCGAGAUAUUUUACUCGGCUCGAUGGGACACACGCACGGCGGGUCAUAUGAGCUCGUGGCACUACGGUGGUGGUUUUGACGAGAUUUCUUUAAAAUGUACUUUGAUAUUCCACAAAUGUGACGACGACGGACUUUGCGAUUGUUUUCGCCAAAUUUGGAAUCAAUAUUUCCUGUUUAACCAGAUUGUAGAUAUAUCUGUGACACGAUGACGUAAGCGUGCGACGUCACCGGAGCGGACGAGCCGAACCACCAAUUCUAAAAGUUGCUCUUAACAUUUUAGGCCAACUGGUUUCCUUCACAUUUGUCUAACCUACUCUGCUUCAGUGAGGCCGCACUCCAAAACUGUUGUCGAGUUCACCAUCAGGGUGUACUGAAAGAGUCACGCGGCUAUUUGAUACGUAUAGAUUAUGAACGUAGAGAAUCAUAGCAAUGUGUUCUUUGUUCUGUAAAAACUAAACUAAAAAGCGAAAGCAAACAACUGAGAUUGCUGCUCAAUCUAUUAGUUGUCUAUUGUCUAAAUACAGGACGGCAAACAAAGCCGCCGGUCUCUCCCUACAUUGUUAGCUAAAGUAUUUACGUGGCCUUUGAGGCUUCGGGAAGAUUAUUUAAAUGUUAUAUUUAGAAAGACCGGUUAACAUAUUGUUGACGUCGUUCGAGUGGAUGAUUUAUAAAACCGCGAAAAGAUUUUUUAUUAUUAUUGUUAUGGCUUGCAAUAAGAUUGUUUUGACUGGAUCAAAAUUCUUUUGAUUGUCAUAUUGUGUGCAAUUUAUUUUUAUUAAAUUAUAUUACGGUUAUUAUUAAAUGGUUAUUUCUACAUUGUGUGAUAAAUGUAUUGCAAAUCUUAACUAAUUAUAUUUGAAGGGGUUUUCA